GCGAAUACGAAUCUUAAAAAAUACUUCGAAAAUAUAAAAUUAUGUUCGAAGGAAUUAAUGUUCCUCCUCCAAUUUAAACUUUUGAAUAAAUGAAACUUCCAUCAAAAAUAUUAUCAAUUUUAAAAGAUAAAAAAAUUAAAAAGCCAACUCCUAUAUAGAUAGUAGGUUUACCAACAGUAUUAUUAGCAAGAGAUAUGAUAGGUAUUGCACCUACAGGCUAAGGAAAAACAUUAGUAUUUUUACUUCCAGCUUUAAUAAUGGCAAUAGAAUAAGAAUUGAACAUGCCAAUAAUGAGAAAUGAAGGUCCAUUAGCAUUAAUAAUAUUACCUUCAGUAAAUUAAUAAAAAUAAUUAAAUAAAAAAAAAAAAUAUUAAGCACGAAUUAGCAAUAUAAACAUAUGAAUUUGCCUUAUAUUAUUCUAAAAAAUUAAAUGAAGCCGGCUAUCCUGAACUUCGAGUAUUAUUAAGUAUAGGAGGAAUGGAUAUGAAUUAAUAAAUUUAAGAAGCUCGACAUGGAAUUCAUUUUCUUAUCGGAACUCCAGGUAGAAUGUCUGAUAUGGUAGAUAAAGGAAAAUUUAACAUGAAUAUUUGCAGAUUUGUAGUUUUGGAUGAGGCUGAUAGACUUCUAGAUAUGAUUUUUGAGAAAGAAGUAAGAAAUUUGAUUGAACAUAUACCCGGCGCAAGAUAAACUCUUUUGUUUUCGUCUACAAUGCCCAAAAAAGUAUAAGAUUUUGCGAAAUAAGCAUUAAUUAAUCCCAUAAUAAUAAAUGUAGGAAGAGCUGGUUCUGUGAAUUAUAAUGUAAUAUAAGAAGUAGAGUAUGUAAAGCAAGAAGAAAAGCUUUAACAUUUAAUUAAAUGUUUACAAAAAACAGCUCCCCCAGUUCUUAUUUUUUGUGAUAAAGUUUAAGAUGUAGACGAUAUUCAUGAAUAUUUUUUAUUAAAAGGAAUAGAUGUUACAGCCCUACAUGGACAAAAAAAAUAAGAAGAAAGAACUAAAGCUAUGAAAGAUUUUUAAACAGGAAAAAAAGACGUUCUUAUUGCUACUGAUAUAGGUGCUAAAGGACUUGAUUUUCCAAAUGUUUAACAUGUUAUUAAUUUUGAUAUGCCUAAAGAUAUUGAAAGCUAUGUACAUAGAAUAGGUAGAACUGGAAGAUUAGGAAAAACAGGAAGAUCUACUACUUUUGUGAAUAAAUUAUAAGAUGAGAAUAUUUUAAGUGAUUUAAAAAUGCUUCUUAUUGAAGCUAAACAAGCAAUUCCACAAUUUCUUAAUCAUUUAGCAUAGGAUACUUUCACUGGAGGAUGUAGUUAUUGUAGUGGAUUAGGACAUACUAUACAUAAUUGUAAUAAAUUAGAAUUAUAAAAAAUGAAAGCAUUAACAGCUUCAGCAGCUUAAAAUUUAAAAGAAGAAAUAAAAGCUUAUUUACCUGAAAAAAAAUAAUAAUGA